ACUCCGGCGGUGUGGCAACGCCCCCGUAUUCCGUUUGCGCCGCCUCGUUCGCAUCAAUUGUUUACACAUUUUUAUAAAUAACAGCCAAUAACCCCGGCUUAAAUGUGCGAGGAGCGGUUCGGGCAUAUCUUGAAGCUGUUCCCCACCGCACUUACGUGAUACGAGCCCUGUGCGUGUGCCCGCGACCACGCACAUGGAGCAGCAACAGGCGACUCCGCCAAAGAAGCGCAGUCACAGCGAGUACAACGAUCCGGAUUAUCACCAAACGCAGGUUUUCAGCCAGGAUCAGGAUGAUUCCAGUGCAGAAAAGGACGUCUCUCUCCAAAGGAAUCAGCUCACAGUUAAGCAGCAACAGGUGUCUUCACCAAAUAAGCGCAGACACAGCGAGUAUCACGAUCCGGAUUAUCACCAAACGGAGGUUUCUAGCCAGGAGCAAAAUGACCCCAGUGCGGAAGACGCCAUCUCUAUCCCAAGGAAGAGACCCAAAAUGGAGGAAGAGGUGCCACCGCCCUCUGACAAAGUCCAGCGCAUCCGGAAACUCCUGCGUCAGGAGUUCCAGCGGGAAAUCGCUCAAAAAGUGGAGCAGCUGGCCGAGAUCGAUCGACGGUUGAUACAGGGACGACAACUGCUGGACAGGCUGCGAUACCAGGUGGUCAGCGAGUACUACCGGAAGCAACAGGUUCCCCUAACCGCAGCCGACGUUGGCAAGGUGCGCGGGGAUAGCCUGUUUGGAGACGAUAUAUCCGCACCACAGUUACCGCUGCACCCAGCCAUAAAGAAAAUCGUUGGCAAGCGACCAGUUCCCAUUCAGAAUCAUCUUCCAGAGCGCACGGCGGCCACCUUGGCCAAGCAAACCAUCAGGCUAAGAAAUCCGGCUCAUCGCCGUGCGGAAAAAAGGCGACAACAGAAGAUAAAGGAGCAGGGCAUAGUCACCGAUCACUCCAAAGAUCAGCAGGUGGCGGAGACUCCCAUUUCAAUAAAGCUCGAGGAUGAGCAGCCGUGCACCAGUCGACAGGCCUACGAAAAACAACUAGAGCUGAACGCCUCGCGGCUGAACAACAAAAAUAAGUUUAACUUUGUGGUGGGAAACACCUCCAAGUACAUUGGUGAAGGUUCCCGAGAGAAAUCCAAUGGUGAACAAGCUUUGAUCUACAAGUGGUUGGUCUAUGUACAGGGUAAAGAUUUACCUCAACCACUGGGGUCUUACAUCAAAAAGGUGCGCUUUCAGCUGCAUCAUUCCUACCGACCCAACGACAUUGUUGACGUGCAUACUCCUCCGUUUCAACUUACACGCCGAGGCUGGGGCGAGUUCCCCAUGCGCAUUCAAUUGUUCUUCCAGGAGCACUUGCAGCAAAAGCCCGUGCAGCUCAUGCACACGGUGGUGCUGGACAAAACUAUGUGUGGAUUGCACACGAUGGGCGCUGAGACCACAGUAGAAAUCUGGUUGAAAGCGGAACAGGCCGUGACGAAGCGAAAAAGUGUUAAGGCUGCAACUACUCCUAAUCUUUCACCUACAAAAGCUGCUCCUCCUGUGGCGACUAGUCCCAUUUUUGAGCAACCAGCGCCCGCAUUCCCGGUGGAGUCCUGCAAGCCACGUACUAUUUCCAUCACUCAAAACAAGGAGGAAUUAGAUGACAAUCUGUUUGCUGGCUUCAACAAAAUUGAAAUGACCGACGACAUUGAGCAGAUUGAACCCACGGUACUGGUCUCAGAGACUCUGAAGUUAAGCUACAGUCCGAGAAAGCAGCCGCCUGCUCCAGCGACGCCGCCCAGACCUCAGCUUCGAUUAAAUGCCGCUCCGGUGAGCGCCUCUCGACCUUCGGUGGUCUAUCUUCCAGUAAAUGGCCGAAGCCCGAGAAAGGAAUCCUUGCCAGAGAGGCAGCGGCUGGAGUUCUCGCCUGUAAGGCAGUGGUCAGAGCCUUCGCCCCACAGAGCGUCUCAGGAAUCCUCUCCGGAUCGGCCACCUAUAAAGCCUGUGCGUAAUGGCCAUCACCAGGGCAAGAAGAACGUGGUGUUUCAGCGGGCAGGAAAGCUAUACAUCAUUGAUCCUUUGCAGCGGAAGCUUAAGCAGGCUGCAAAGCAGCAAUCACUACUUAAGCCACAAUUGAGUCUCCUAAAGCCGCCGUCAGUAAAGCGUUGGCAUAUGCUGCAGUGUAUGCAGCACGAUCACGGGUAUGCAAACAUGAGCGGCGAUGUGGAGGAAAAGCCAAUGAUGUCCUACAGUGCUGCUCCACUAGUUGAAACUCCUCUGCAGACGCGACCUCGUAGGCUGGAGCAGAUAUUUAUCAGUUCCCAGUUUCAAGGCAUGCGCAGUGCUGUUGAGUUUCUGCUGCGUCGACUGCCGCUAACAUCGACUGAUCAGAAGACGGAGUAUCCCUUUACAUGUACAACGAUUGACGAAUUCCACAACCAAACUGCUCUAAAGCAACGGUGUUUUGAGUACUUGCGGGCACGACUCUUGCGUCGCUGUUUGAUGCAGCACCACAUGCUGCAGCUGCUGGAUGGCAGUGGAAAGGAGCACUACUGGAGUCUGCGGGAAAUAGUUGCAUUUGCCAGGGUCCAUGGUUACACCCCGCCUCUCAAAAUGGUUUUACCCGUGGAAAAGAAAAGGAAGCGGAAACUGGGGGAAGAAGAACAACUGGCUCAGCGGGUGCAGGAGCAGCUGAAGGGCGAGCCACACCAGCAAAUCUCGGCCUAUUGUAGUCUCAGCUCAGGCAAUCGGCUGGAUACUUGGAUAGCCAAGCAAACGCAACGGCUCCGUGGUCACGACCAGAAGAUGAGGGAUAAAGAGUUCAUCGAUGUGCUGGGCGUGGACAAGCCUCGUUUGCAAGUCUCCAGGGAUAAUCAGUUAACAAGUAGAUCCUUCCAAGUUGUGAACAAUCGUCAACUGCUUUAUCUACCUCCACCAAAGCAUUUGGAGUCGUCCUUCCAGCUGGUCCAAGAAAUGUGCAAGGACAUCAACAUCACGCUAGACCCGGAGGAAUCUGCGCCUGGCGUCUUCCAACCAGCGGCCCUUAGCGUGCUAGCCCACGUGCUUCGUACAUUUGUGGAAAGAUUGCUGCGACGCUCUUUGGCCUCCAAACUACAACAGGAGACCUUGGAACAACUACCUCCUUCGGCGGCCAAUGCUCCUCUGUACCUGCAGCCUCAGGACAUCGGGCGGGUCAUUGGCCAAAGCCCCGAGCUGGACUUUCUGGGGAACACCUACUUGGGUGUUUCUUCAAUAGAGCCCCAAACGUAAUGGGAAGUUGCCAUAGUUUUGAAUUUAUUUUUAUCAAGCGCGCGUAAUAGUUCAAAUUCUGCUGGGAUAUUAGUCGAUAUCUAAUUAGUCUUUUGUACUCUUUAGUAAGCAUAAAGCUAAGCAAUAAAUUAACUAAAUUAAUUUUUUUAAAAAGCAA